AUGGCCAAACUACCCCCUCCUUCAGUGUUCGUCAGUAUCCGAGGUGAUGAAUCGUGCUUGAACUUCAUCAGACAUCUAGAGAAGGCCCUGGGAGACGAGAAGGUCCCUUACUUCAUUCACAAUCUAUUCCGAAGCGGUGACCUGGCAGUCCGUUGUAACGAUAUUUUUGGAAAGUACCAAUUCAAAGAUUCCAUAACCCAUGUCAAGGAGAUCGAGGAUUCAGAACUCGCACUGGCCGUCUUCUGCCAAAGGUACCCACAAUCAACCAUAGCCUUGAACAACCUAGUUAAGAUAGUGGAGGAGGUAAAAGCGGACAGACUCAAAGUAAUCCCAGUCUUUUACAAAGUGAGUGUGGAAGAUGUGAAACACUGGAAAGGAGACUUCGGCCAGAAUUUAUUCUGCGGAGGUCGCCGUGAAAUGUCCAAUGUGCUGAAAUGGGCAAACGCUUUGAGAUAUGUCGCCGCGGAAAACGGUUUGACUUCUGAAAACUACAGUAACGAGAGCGAUUUCAUCGUCGACAUUGUAGUGGCAGUCAAGAAAGUGUUAGCCGGAGACGUCCAAGGUUUGGAGGAGUUAUUUGUUCAAACAAGAUUGCAGGUAGUUGCCGAGCCCGAGCGUGCUGCUGAAUCUCCUCAAGGGAUUCUCCGUACACCUGAUACAGUCCCCAAAGUCCGGAACGAGAAGGACAAGUUGGAAUGUACCGAUGAACUUGGAGACCUUGUCAAGACUGUGGAUAAUGAUCUUGCUCUUAAAAUACACACUAAAGCUGCGACCAACCCAGAAGUCGUUGCUGAGGGAAAAGAGUUUGGCAAAACACCUAUCUAUUCAAGAGAGGCUUCUCCGCCGCAACAACAUCAAGUUUUUAUUAAUUUCCGAGGAGAGUUGCGCAACAACUUCGUCAGCCAUCUCGUGGAGGCCCUUAGGAGAAAUGAGAUCAACGUCUUCAUAGACAAUCAAGAGCUUAGAGGAGAAGAAAUCGGCAUUCUUUUGAACAGGAUUGAAGAAUCAGUAAUCGCCCUUGUUGUAUUCUCGACCGGGUACACGGAAUCAAGGUGGUGCUUGAGAGAGGCUGCAAAGAUAAAAGACUGUGUGGAGAACGGCACGCUCAAGGUGCUUCCCAUCUUCUACAAGGUGACUACAAGCAAUGUGAAACAGCUAAAAGGAGAGUUUGGUGACCAUUUCAGAGAUCGAGAGUGGGAGAAUCGCUUCGACAAACCCCAAAUUGAGCAAUGGAAAAAGGCGUUGGCCUUUAUUUCUGGUAGGUUCGGCCAGACGUUUGACGGAACAAGUCCGGAAAGCGAUUUCAUUGAAUUAAUUGUCAAGGAUGUCUUGAGAAUGCUAGCAAGCAUUGACUGUACAAACUGA